CUACAUGUAGUACGGUAUGUGAUGCCAACAACGCAAACAACAGCUGUCGUCGCCAUUGAAAAACCUUGUCAAGUCAACGUGUCUUUCAUUUCUUGUGCUUCUGUGUGUGUGAGUGAGAAAAUAAAGAUGAGCCGAUGAACAGCAUCUUUAUCAUUAUUCCAUCUAUUGAAAGAAGAGCAGCCACAGCUCAAAAAAAUCAGCUACAGCUAGCUCAGAAAAAUGUUUCGUCAACCACUGUGGAGGAUACCCCUCUUCCUCCUCCUCUUGGUAGUUCCAGCAUCGGCAUUUGCACCUCCCAGUACCAUCCAAGGAGUACACCAAACGAGACAACCACAGUCCACACAUACCAAAACAUCUACCACCAGUCUCAAUGUGGUAUUUACGCGUCUCUCCGAAGACUGUCUCCAGGCACUGAGUGUCGCUCAAGAACAAGCCAAAAUUUCAGAACGCAAACAAAUCGAUGCCAGCUACAUGCUAUUGGGCUUGUGCGAACAUCCCGGCAAUGCCGCGUCCACCUUUCAAAAAUACAAUAUUCAGUGGCAAACGGUCCGUCGCACACUCAACUACCUGCAAGAUACACCCGGAGGAACCAUCAAGACAUUGACGUUGGCCGAUUUCAAAGACACGUCGGCCGAUGUCCAGUUGCCCUACUCGACGUAUUUGCAAGAACGGCUCUUUGACGCCGGACGGAUAUCCCAACAAAUGGGAGCCGACGAAAUUGAUGCCGAACAUGUAUUCUUGGCAUUGCUCAAUUACGAAGAAAUUGAUGGAGAAACCUAUGCCGCCACACGGGGAGAUGACUGUGAAGCCAUGGAAUUGCUAUACCACAUUGAUGCCACGCUGGAAGGAGAAGAUAUUUGUCAGGAUCUACUCUUGGCACUUAUGGAUGCCAAGAAAAAUCCAAAACAAGAUACUAAUAAUAACGAUACGACACAAAAAACAACAAAAGCGGGCAACAAGGAUAAUAAUGUCCUGGCGCCCACAGGAGGUGGAGCCACUGCAGCGGCCGACAAUACCAACAUGACACUCUUGGAACAAUACGGUACCGAUCUCACACAAAUGGCCAAAGACGGCGAACUGGAUGUCGUCCAUGGACGAGACGAAGAAAUUCAAGCAUGUAUGCGCAUUCUCUUGCGUCGACGCAAAAACAAUGUCUGUCUCAUUGGCGAAGCUGGAACGGGAAAAACAUCCAUUGCCGAAGCAUUGGCACAACGAUUCGUAUCGGGUGAAAAUUGCCCCGUACAACUCAAGGGGUACAAAAUGGUAUCGCUCGAAACCAGCGCCAUGGUAGCCGGGACCAAAUACCGGGGUGCCUUUGAAGAACGACUGCGAGGGAUUAUCCAAGAAAUUGUGGAUGGAUCCAGUUCUCGCACCAUUUUGUUUCUCGAUGAAAUGCACACCCUCAUGGGAUCCGGAGCGACCGAUGGAGGAGGGACCGAUGCCGCCAAUCUACUCAAACCCUAUCUGGCGCGAGGACAGCUGAAAGUCGUGGCGGCCACCACCAUUACCGAAUACAAUCGAUUCAUUGCCAAAGAUCCGGCCAUGGACCGACGAUUCCAACCCGUACUAAUCAAGGAACCAUCCGUCGAACAAACGGUACAAAUAUUGGAAGCACUCUUGCCGUUUUAUCGGGGUCAUCAUCGCGUCGAGUUUGAACCAAACAGUCUCGAAGCCGCGGCGCGAUUGUCGGAUCGCUACAUUGCAGAUCGGUUUUUGCCCGAUAAGGCGAUUGAUUUGCUCGACGAAGCCGGAGCAUUGGCUACGUUAAGACGAGUCCCCAACGAACCUGCUCCCGUGGUAGAUGAAGCUUUGAUUAUGGAAAUCGUGUCGACAUGGUCGACCAUUCCCGUCGGUGCUCUGGAAAUGGAUGAAACGGAAAAACUCGAACGACUCGAGGAAAGCAUGGCGGAACGAGUCAAAGGACAGGAGCGUGCCGUGACUGCCGUAGCGCGGGCUAUUCGACGGGCCCGGACGGGAGUCCGAGAUCCACGACGACCCAUUUCCUCAUUUUUGUUUGCCGGGCCAACUGGAACAGGCAAAACGGAACUCUGCAAGACCUUGGCAGAGACGUACUUUGGCUCUGAACGAAGUAUGAUUCGUAUUGACAUGUCUGAGUACGGUGAAAAGUUCACCGUGUCACGGUUGACUGGCCCACCCCCAGGCUUCAUUGGUUACGAAGAAGGUGGACAACUGACAGAGGCGGUGCGUCGCGCGCCACACAGUGUCAUUCUUCUAGACGAACUCGAGAAAGCGCAUCCUGAUGUUCUGAAUGUUUUGCUGCAAGUCAUGGACGAUGGAAUCCUAACUGACGGAAAGGGGCGAACUGUGUCAUUCAAGAAUACAAUCAUCAUCAUGACCUCCAACAUUGGAAGUCGCAAAGUGCUGCAACUGACCAAACAAGAGGGCAAGGAAAACAAUGGCAUUGCCCCUGACGGGGAUGGAAGACCCAAGUAUGCCAAGCUGUCCAACGUAGUCCAGGCGGAACUUGAAUCUUUCAUGAAGCCCGAGUUUCUGAAUCGUAUCGACGACGUUGUCAUCUUUCAGCCAUUGACGGAAAAUGAACUGGCCGAGAUUGCUUCGCGAAUGGCAUUUGACAUUGCAGUACGGACAAAGCUUGACAGGAAUAUAAAUGUUGUGGUCCAGCCAAAACUGCUCAUACAGAUGGUCAAGGAAGGUAGCAAAGCAGCGGCUCAGUUUGGUGCACGUCCAAUGAGACGAGCUGUCCAACGAAUCUUGGAAGAUGCCAUUAGCACAGCAGUCAUGAAGAAUUUCGUAACAUCUGGCGGAACCGCAAGUUUUGAUUUGGAAGGGGAAGUACCGGAAGAAUGCAACGUGGAUGAGUUGGUGACUUACACAGUCGCAAUCAGCCGUGAUCAAGACGAUGAAGUGUUACGUGUGGAGAUGGAAGAGUCAUGUCGUGACAUGGUGUCAGAUGUAUUUGCCGAUGACGAGAACGACGCAGAACCGUCAUCGAAAGCUAGCGACGACGAGCUACUCACAAAGCCGAACGGAGCGCAUCCAGUUCCAGUCACUGAGUAGCUUCCUCGCAGCAUAGACAAUCAUAGACAACAUACAUAGGAAACAUAGUCUUGUACACCCGAUUACAUUCUACAUUUUAGCAACGUCUGCUUUAUCAAAAA